ACAGGAACUGGAAGAGUCGGUAUUUUUUUGUUGAGGGGACGGAUUGGGUUUGCCGUCAGGAGGAGUGGGCGACGAUGCCCCGUGGUUACUUUGACAAUACCUGGGCCUUCGUCAGGGAUUCAGGUUAAUCCCGUCAGCUAUGAGGCUCGUGUGUUUUCUGAGGCGAUGCUAACAAUACUUUUUAUUUCUUUCAGCUUAUACCCGUCCUCACAUAACUGACGAGCAGGAGGAGUUUAUCCAACGGAUUCUGGAAAUUCCUUUGGAGGAACGUAAGUGUAGGGAUUUGAUCACCCUCGACACCCUUCACUUAUACUGUGGGGGUCCAGAUCCGUCAGCGGAAGCUCGAAAGUUGGAAGAAUUUGCACGCCGUCGUGAGUAGGCUUUAAUUUAUCCCGUCAGUUUUUUAUUAUUCCGUUACCUACCUUAAUGGUGUUCUUUGUGUUGUAGAAAUGGACUCUGCGAAGCAAAGGAUAAGGGCCGCCGCAGCCCGUCAGAAGGAGGAGAGAAAGAAUAAGUAGGCAGCAGGGGAGGCCUCGUCAACUCCAAAGGUCGUCGCUAAGGUGACGAAGAGGAAGCCUGACGGUGAUGACAGCCGUCCCUUAAAGAAAGCUGCCGUCACUCCAAGGGACGAACCACUGAAGGAGAAGUCCCUUCCCAAGCCUAGUCAUGGUGCGGGCAAGGGGGUGAUGACUUCUGCCGGUCCCGUCAGCGAGGGCCCCUGCCGUCUCCUGACUCACAAGGAUUAUGCCGUCGGGGAGGUUGGGUCCCUGAUUAAACCGACGGAUAUUGAACCUUGUGACCAGGUGGGGACGGAGGAACUAGGGGCGUCAGCCCUUUUUGACCUUACCAGGGCCUUGGUUCGUGUCAAGGCCCUUCAAGAUCGUUGUGUGGCGAAGGAGGGGGUCGUCACUCGAGUCCGCAGUCACAAUAAAAGCCUGAUGAACCAGCAAGCUCAGUACAAGGAUGCCGUCCGUACCCUCAACACGGAGCUGCAAGAAGUUAAGGAGAAGCUGACGGAGAGCAGUAGUCGGAGUGAUAAACUCCAGGAAGAGGUGACGGCGCUGGGCGAAAAGCUGCAGACGGCGGGGGCUGACGCGAUCAGAGAUUUCAAAGCGUCGCAGGCUUUCUUUGACUCGUGUGGCGAAUAUUAUGGCACCGGGUUUGAAGACUGCCUUCAGCAAGUCGCGUCGGCCUACCCGGAGUUGGAUUUAUCCGGGAUCACCAUGGGUGAUGGAGACGACAGCCUCCGUCAGUCUACUCCGAGGCGCGACGACAGCGUGGUCCUGGCCCAGCCUGCUGCUAAUCCUGCUGCUUCUGAUUCUCCUGCUGUGAUUGUGGAUGCUGACGGCAAGAAUGCUGAUGUUCCUGCCCCUUAGCUCUUAUUUUGUAUUUUGGCUAUGUAUAAAACAGUUGUAGUUGUAAUUUUCAAACAAUCUUUAAGUGUUCUCUUUGUUUCCCUUGGGCUUUUGUUUGUGUAUAGUUGUGUUUAAUUUCCGUAACUUUUAUAUCCCUUUGUUGAU